AUGGUCACCACGCGUGGCUUCGCUAGAGCCACUCGCCUCCCCAGGCGUUUUGCCAGCACAGCUUCCAAAGCUGCUCGCAAACAGCCACCUGCUCCUGCUCCUUCUCCUCCUCCUCCUCCUCCUCCUCGCCUCUCCAAGUCCUAUAAACCCAGCCCUCGCAGCGCCCCAUCUCAACCCCGACGUGCGCCGAAUCCCUCACGGCCCGGCGAUACCCUCCAGUCCCUCUGGCGCCGCUCGUGGCUCCCACUCUCCGGAGCCGCCCUCCUCUCCGGCUUCCUGGGCUUCUACAUCAUCGGCACCGCAGCCGCCUCCCUAAAAACCCGCCCCUGCCAAGCGUCCUGCGAGCACGCCGCGCCGACCGGCCGCCCGCCCGCCCUGACAGGCGACAAUGCCGAGCAAUUCGACAAGGAGCUGGACCUGCCCGAGCGGUGGAUGGGCAUCACCAAGCUGCGCAAGAAGCUGGCCGGCCACGCAAAAGGCCACGUGCUGGAACUGGCCGUGGGCACCGGCCGAAACCUCCAACACUACAACUGGGAUGCGCUGGGCGGGACGCACCCAGCGCCGGGGAAGCAGACCGCCGCCGGGGGGAUAUCCUCGUUCACGGGGCUAGAUAUAUCCGCCGACAUGCUCGACGUCGCGCGCAAGCGACUCGUCGCGGCGGUCCCGCCAGUGGCCGAUUCUGAGCCCAGCGCAGGGAGAUCGGCGCUGGCGGACCACAUGGGCGGGCGGCUGUCCUUGCUGGACGAUCGGCUGCGACUGAUUUGCUCGGAUGCGCAUCGUCCUCUUCCGCGAGCGGCGGGUGCAGGUGCGACGUACGAUACGAUUAUACAAACGUUUGGGCUUUGCUCCGUGUCGGAUCCCGUCGCGGUUUUGUGCAAUUUGGCAUCCGCUGUCAAGCCGGACACCGGUCGCAUCAUUCUUCUCGAACACGGCAAGGGAUGGUAUGGGCUCGUCAAUGGUCUUUUGGAUAAGAAUGCAGAAAAGCAUUUUGAGAAAUACGGCUGUUGGUGGAACCGCGACAUUGAAGCGCUUGUCGACGAAGCCGUGCAAAAGACACCAGGACUGGAAAUAGUCAAGCUGGAUCGACCAAACAUCAUGCAAAUGGGUACUUUGGUCUGGGUAGAGCUACGCAUGAGGGGCAAGAGGUAG